CAGCAGAGAGCAUAGGUUGACGUGUAGAUACGCAACGCUUAGUUAUCCCACAAGUUCAAGUCCUCCUGAAACAUCUGUGGUCAUUUGGUGCAGCAGGCGAGAUGACAGGAGGACCCCAGACAUGCUUGGUGAUCUGGAGCGAUUCAUAUGCCCUGGCUAUCAAAAGUAGAACCCGAAUGUCUGCGCUUUGGAAUGUAUGACUUGGAAAGCCUACUGCUGAGGAUAUGAAUAUGUUUUCAUGUCUUUAGUCCAACGACUCAAUUUAUUCAGGACAGCCGUUCCAAAGAGGUUUUCUGCCAGACCAUGAGGGGUCCAGCAAGCAAGGCUCCUCGUCAAGUCUCCUCCUGCAUCGCCCCUCUGCAUGGACUAGCAUCCUCUUCCUAGCCAGGAGUCGGCCAGUGAUAGACAGAGCAACGGGAACAAUAACAAAACACCCAGCCUUGCCCUUCCCUACUACCCCCACCUCCCCCUUCACCCCCCUGCCACCCCAACAUCUCCUCCCCUCCACCCACUCCCCCCACUUCCAGACACCCAAUGCUACAUUAUUUAGACCAUGGGAUGUGUCAAAUCCAAGAAGGCCAACUCCUGCUCCACGGCGCAGCACGCCACCAACUCUGUGGACGGUGGCAGCGGCGGCGCAGGCAUAGCGGACGGCAAACUAGGGGGGACGCCGCGGGGGGACGGCGAGAAGGCGGCGCUGGUCAACUCGGAGUCGGGACCCGGAUCGCAGGACUCGCCCUGCCUAAACCCCGUCCUCAUGGACUACGCCCAGCGUCUGUCGGAGGAGAUAGUGGCCCGCGCCGUGCAACAGUGGGCCGAGGUGGACAGCCGGUACAGUGACAUUCCUUUCAUCGAGUGCGACUGCGACGUGCCAUGAGGUCACCCGACCCCUACCCCCCCACAUCCCCCACCCAUAGACAUGUAUACAUAUCUAUAUAUGUCUACGCAGCCCCUAGCAGAAUCCCCAACUCCACCCACGGCUGGAUUAUCCAUAGGGGGCCAACGGCACAGUGCCCAGGGGCACCAACCAUUUUUGACCAGUGAGGGGGCAAAACAAGACACACACUUAACAAAUAUUGUUCAUAGAGUGGGCACCACAUUGGCUUAAUACGGUCCUGCCUCCUCCACCACGACUCCAGUAUGGACACAUACUGUACAUGGAACCCUGAGGAGAUAAGGGAGGAGAGGAGGGAGAUAGGAGUGCGGCUUGCCCUGAGGUCACUACAGUCCCCCCCCCUCCCUCCCUCCCCAUAGACAUGUACUGUAUGCAAUCCCUCCCCAGCCCUCCUACCUCCACCCCCCCUUGGCCACACACGUGGAAUGCCUUGGAGAUAAGGUAGAGUGGAGUGGAGAGGGACAGGAGAUAACUGGCUCACACCACACCACACCACACCACACCACACUACCACACAGCAGGACCCUCUCUAGGAUGGGAACGUGACAGCUGCUGUUUGUUCUGCCGGGGAGCAGGUCUCCCCCCCUGCAUCCCCCCACCCCACCCCCCCCUCUCUACUCCCCUCAGCUCGAUCAAGAAGGAGCACACCACUCUCGGUGAGGGAAGGGCUCGUGCUAUAAUACAAACAAUUUACAGAGGAAACGUGGCGACUCCUUGUUACUUGCCGCGUACCGCCCUGUCAGUUCAUUGUUCGUCCUCGCAGGACUAUUUGUCUACGAUCUGUCAGUCGUCUCUGUCUGUGUGUGUUUGAAGUUGCUCGUCCAUAUGGUACGUUACGGUACGGUAUGGUAUGGCUGCAGCUGACCGUGACGAAUUGACAGGAAUGGGACAGCUUAUCUCUUCAUGCUCUCUUUGACAUCAGAGCAGGGUGAAGGGUCAGCCUGCUUCACUGCCGCUGUUUUUUUGCUUGGCUCUCAUUGGCUGCUGUUGUUGCACGUCAUUCUACUCACCCAUGCACACAAGGCUUGGCCCGUAAUUGUCAGCUGAGUGGAGGUGA